AUGGAAGCGGCAAACAGGGAAAGAGAGGCCAAACUGGAAGUGGAGGCACAGCAGAACCAAGCCUUGGAAACACUGGAGGAGCAUGUGCAGGUGGCGCGUAAGGACAGGAGCAACGCUGAACAGGAAUUUAUGAGCAGGGCCGCUCACAACAGCGACGUCUCGAUGGAAACAGACAAGUCUGACAUCCCUGCCCCACCUGGCCUGAGUUACUUCAAAGAACUAUUACACACAAUCCAGAUUAAGUUGGAUUCAGAAAAAGAGAAGGGACAACUGAAGGAUGAGAUGAUUAGCAAGCUGCAUUCGGAUAAACUCCAACUUCAGCAACAAGUGGCUCAUAUUGAGGAACUCCUAAAGCAACAGGCAGAGAAAGAAGAGAAGAAAGUCAAAUCUGAUGAUCAAAUCAAAGAGGAAACACAUUGCACACUGCCAUUCAUGGAUGGAUACCCAGAUUGUAAGGGGAAAUUGAAGUGGCUGAAGGAGAUGUGGAGGACUGACCCUUGCUACGUCAGUUAUGGGGUGAACGGAUCUCUGUGCUCCUUCCUUAUCUACCUCAGCGAGAUAGAGUCCUGGUGUCCUCUUCUUCCAGGCCGAGUGAUUCCCGCAGUGUCAGGGGAAAACUCAGAGGCGGGAUCUGAACUUGCAGUGGUACGGGACAGUCUAACAGGUCUGUAUCCAUCUCUGGAGAACAAAGUCCAGUUCCGUUGGAUUCACCAAAGAGUUCGCAGUAUGGAAGGGAUUUGGGUCGAGGCUGGACGCUCUCUUUCAGCCAAAUACAACCUCAGAGAGCGGAAAGUUAAACAGAUUCUGGUGCACCCCGGAGUUGUGACAUAUGAAUCUCGUGCUAGAAUAACAGAGGCUGCCUUUAGUGGGGGCCCCCUUGGAGAACUAGUCCAGUGGAGUGACCUCAUCUCCACACUUUACAUCCUGGGUCACAAUCUUCACCUUACUACCUCCAUACCUGACCUUAAGUAUUUCUUUGGUGCAACAGGUGGCUGCCCACCUAAUUAUUUAAAAACAACAGUAAACCUGAUCUAUACAGACAUUAUCGGCCUUAGGCAGAUUAAGAAUAUGCUACAGGCAUCUUGGAUCAACUACAGGUGUUUGAUACGGGUGUUGGAUACUUUUGGCACUGAGCCUGACUUCAAUCAUGCAGCUUGGGCCAAAAAACACAACCUUGAAAGUCCAUUUGGCAGCCUGAAUAUGAUCCCACUGCAGUUCUACACAAUGUUCCCUCAUACACCGGACAACACAUUCCUGGGCUUUGUGGUGCAGCACCAGCGGAGCUCUGAAGAAGCUGAGCAGUUAGAGUCUACCAGAAGACUAAACCAGGCACUUGUAUAUGGCAAGAGACAAACGUUUUGGAAGGGUAAAACGGCAUACCUGGACGUUAUCCACAAGCACUUGGAGAUCCAUGGGACGGUUGAUAGCAUUGCUUUAAUUCCAAAAUAUGUGAUAAACCAUGGCAUUAUCAAAGGCACUAAGGUUCAGGCCCUGUUGAGACAGAGCAAGGUUUUUGUUGGAUUGUCUUUCCCAUAUGAAGGCCCUGCCCCAUUGGAGGCCAUAGCCAAUGGCUGUGCUUUCCUGAACCCCAGGUUACGACCUCCGCAGAAUAGGCUGAACACAGAGUUCUUCAAGGGAAAGCCCAACAUUAGAGAGGUGACAUCCCAGCAUCCUUAUGCUGAGGCCAUAGGGGAGCCCUAUGUGUGGAUGGUAGACAUGCACAACACAACAGAUGUAGAGAGAGCUCUCACUGCUAUCCUGAAUCAGAGUAUUGAGCCCUACCUUCCCUAUGAGUUUUCCUGUGAAGGGAUGCUUCAGAGGGUCAACAUCCUGAUUGAAAAACAGGACUUAUGCACCAGUACAGGGAGCUGGCCCCCACUGAGCGUGCUACAGGUUGUGAAGGCAGAGGUGGACACAUCAUGUAAAACUGCAUGCCAGAAGGAGGGGCUGAUCUGUGAACCUGCAUUCUUCCCACAUCUUAACAAUGCAAAGCAUCUUGCCAACUACAGUGUAGAUUGUCAGACAUCAGAGCUUUCUGAUAGUCGCCUGGUGUUUCCAGCCUACAACAGCAGCAGUAAACACUGUCGGUUCCAGUCUGACCCCCUGCUCUUCAGCUGUGUGAGAUCAGACCAGUCCUUGAUUCGCAUCUGCCCCUGUCGAGACUACAUUAAGGACCAGAUAGCCUUAUGCAAAGAAUGUAUCUAA